AUGGCUAGCUCUAAGGUUGUAGCAGUUGCUCUCAUAUUCUUGCUGAGCACCGAGACCAUUGCCGCGGGAAGGGCGCUGAUUAAAGUUACCGGAAGCGGAGGAGGAGGUGGCGGCGGUGGUGGCGGUGGUGGCGGUGCAGAGUUGGGUCACGGGGGGUCCGGAUAUGGCUCCGGGGACGGCGGUGGAGAUGGAGGAGGUGGUGGUGGAGGAAGCGGUGGAGGCGGUGGCCGUGGUUCCGGAUACGGGUCUAGUGGGGGUAUCGGUUCUGGGUAUGGUGCAGUGGUGGCGGUAAGUAGCGGUGGCGGUGGCAGUGGUGGUGGCGGAUCGGGCCACAGGGGCGGAUACGACGGUUCAUGCUACGGAUAUGGUGGUGGAUCGGGUUAUGGUGGUGGGGCCGGCCAGGGCACAGGAUACGGAAUGGGAGGUGGUGGUGGAAGCGGCGGUGGAUCGGGCUACGAAUCGGGCGUAGGUUCUGGAUACGGAUCUGAAUCCGGUUCCGGCUAUGGUGGUGGACAUGGGUGA